AUGAAACCAAUGGCAAACAAACGCCAGGGCAAUCAAACAAUCAUCACAGAAUUUGUCCUCCUGGGAUUUGGGAAUCUCCCUCAACUACAAACUCUUCUCUUCCUGCUCUUCCUAGUGAUUUACAUUGCGACCAUGGCCGGGAACAUCAUCAUCAUAGCACUAGUUGUGGCUAAUCAGAACCUUCACACCCCCAUGUACUUCUUCCUGGGGAACAUGUCCUGCUUGGAGACCUGCUACACCUCCACCAUCCUGCCCAGGAUGCUGGCCAGUCUCCAGACUGGAGACAGAACCAUUUCAUUUGGUGGUUGCAUCACACAAUUCUAUAUUUUUGGUUCUCUGUUAGCUACAGAAUGCCUUCUCUUAUCAGUGAUGUCUUAUGAUCGGUAUUUAGCAAUAUGCAAACCACUACAUUAUGCCGCUCUUAUGAAUGGACAGUUCUCUUUCCAGUUGACUGCUUGCUCUUGGGUAAGUGGAUUUCUGGCUCCUUUGCCAACAAUGUUACUAAUGUCACAAUUCACUUUCUGUGGCCCCAAUGAACUUGACCAUUUCUUUUGUGAUUUAAGCCCAGUAAUAAAACUGGCCUGCAGUGACACCCACAUGCUGGAUGUUACUGCUUUCAUACUCUGCUCCAUAUUCACACUGCCUCCAUUUCUAUUGACCUUGGCAUCCUAUGUUUGUAUCAUCUUCACUAUCCUGAGAAUCCCUUCCACCACUGGGAGGCAGAAGGCCUUUUCUACCUGCUCCUCUCACCUCAUUGUGGUUACAAUUUUCUAUGGGACUCUAGUCAUUGUGUACCUGCUAUCAGACUCUGAUGCACUGAGGGACUUGAACAAAGUCUUCUCUGUUUUCUAUGGAGUCCUGACCCCAUUGGUCAACCCCCUCAUAUACAGCCUGAGAAACAAGGAAGUGAAGGAAGCCUUGAGGAAAACUGUCAUUAGAUUUUUUGUGUUUUGCAAGAAAUCAGAUAUUUCUAGCUAA